UCAUCAUUGAGCGACGCCCAUGCUUAGUUAGCAUUAGCCACGUGAUGUGGAUUGUUUGUUUUAUGGUGUUUAACUGUCAGAACUAUUUCUAACAUUUCUUGUUGUUUUUACUGUUUUAUUGACAAUGACAACCAAACGCAAUCUUCCGGCAGCCAAUACUGUGCAAGACGAGACCCCUCAAAAGGAGGAACUGAGCAAAAAGAUAAAGGAACAGAAGAUCCUGGUUGAUGAGCUCUCCAAUCUGAAGAAAAACAGGAGGGUCUACCUCCAGCAGCCAAAUAGCAACAUUUUCUUUCUGACUGAUCGAGGACAGACGCUGAGCACCAGUAAAAAGGAACUGGACAACCUAAAGAAAGACUACCAAGAUAUGUAAAACAGAAGAACGAAAUAGAAGCAAUAUGUGUGGAAUUUGUUGUGUGGUGAGCCUGUCCCCUCGUUCUUGUGUGCUGGCGGAUCGAGUGCG